UAUAAAAGUCCGAGAUUUCACGAUCAUUUUUCAUCCUUCUCUCUGUGAUUCAGCCACACUCUCUCUACUCGACUCUACAAGAAAAUUGGUUUCCUGAGAAUGGGUAAAUUUACCUUCGUCGUCGUGUUUGUGAUGAUGGCACUGGCUUCCGGACUCCAGGCCUUCGAUGAUUUGGAAGUCGCUUGGCAGGAAUAUCUGGCUAAUCACCCGUUGGGAGUUCAAACUAAAGCCGAAUAUGGACUGCGCAAAUCCAUCUUCAACGAAACGCACACCAGGAUUAAGAAGCACAACUCUAAAAAGGGCGCCACUUACCAAUUGACUCACAAUUCCUUCUCAGUUUUGACCGACGAAGAGAAACAAAGUUACAUGGGUGCUUUCAAACCUGUCCGUCCUAAUGGGAUUCGUGGGGUUUCUAGCCGAGUACUGCCCAGUACUGUUGAUUACCGUACUAAUUCGUGCAUGCCACCGGUAAGGAACCAAGGUGGAUGUGGUAGUUGCUGGGCUCAUUCCGCCACUGCAGUCGUUGAAUUUGGCAAAUGUAAGAAGUACGGCGGAUCUGCUCGUGAUCUGAGUGAACAGCAAUUAGUGGACUGCAGCCGGGAUAACGGUUGCUCGGGUGGAUGGGAACACGAAGCUUGGCAAUACUUGGCAUCUAACGGCGGACAAAUGACCGAAAGUUCCUACCCUUACACAGCCGUAGUUGGAACAUGCCAUUUCAAUACUUCGGUCACGGCGAUUGGAGCUCAAGUAUCUUCCUCUUCUUCUGUGGAAUGGGUUGGCACCAUUUCUGGUAUGAAGACUGUUCUGGCCACCGGAAGGAUCCUUUCCAUUUACAUGCAGCUCCCCUCAAGCUUCUUUAAUUACAAGAGUGGAGUUUUUAAUGACGCCAGUUGUGUAGAAAAUAAUGCUCACGCCAUGAAUGUUGUUGGCUAUGGAACUUUGAAUUCGGUCGAUUAUUGGGUCGUCCGUAAUUCGUGGGGAAGUGGAUGGGGAGCUGCCGGAUACGUUCUCGUUCGCAGAGGCGUUGACUUGUGCAUGAUUGAAGACUAUUCUCGCACUACCAACAUUGUUUAAGGAACAAUAUUUAAAAAAAUGAGUCAUCUUGUAGACCGUAGUUUAGUUUUUAUGGGUUUAGUGUUUAUCCGGUUAAAGAUAAUACAAUUGUAUUGCAUUGA